GGGCGCCAAAGCUCCUUCAUCCUUCCAGUCUCCCCCGCAGAAGAAGCCGCAGCAGAAGCAGCAUGGCGGCCGGACCGACUGCCGGGGACCGCUCCGUCCUGACGAAGGAUGGCGAGGAUGACCGAACGCUGUGAUCGCGCUGACUCUGAGCGCGAGCCGAGGCGGGAAAAUACAAGAACAGUUGAAGUCCGGCGUGCGUCAGUCUGCGCAGACGUCUGUCCUCCUCCGGGGAUCCAGGUGUUUUUCAGGCUCCGCCCCCGUCAGGUGUGACCUCACCAUGUUUCCUCAGAAGCUUCAGGCGCUGCUGCAGGCCGCACUUCCUGUCCACUCCUGCAGGAGCGUGCACCGUCUGGCCUCGCUUCAGGAGCUCGCCGCUCUGCCCCCCCAGAGGAAGCAGAGGCUGCUGUACCCGUUCAGCGGGCUGGAGGCGUACCUGGACAGGUCGGUGGACCGGACUCCGUUCCAGCUCUUCCAGCCCGACCUGGAGGGCAUGGCAGCGGCGGAGAGGCUGUUCCGCUGCUCGCCGUCUCACAGGAUCGAAUAUGUGGCGUCUGCAGAGAGGAUGGCGCACGCCCCUGCCUUGAAGGCCCCGGAGGUGUGCUUCAUCGGCAGGAGCAACGUGGGGAAGUCCUCGCUCAUCCGCUCGCUUUUCGCCCUGGUCCCUGAGCUGCAGGUCCGAGUCUCCAAGACCCCGGGUCACACCAAGAAGAUGAAUUUCUUCAGAGUGGGCGGGGCCUUCACCGUGGUGGACAUGCCGGGUUACGGGUACCGGGCGCCCCGGGACUUCGUGGAGAUGGUGGAGCCGUACCUGUUUGGCAGGAGGAAUCUGGUCCGGACCUUCCUGCUGGUGGACGGGCUCGUGGGCCUCCAGGACGCCGACCUGGUGGCCGUGCAGAUGUGCGAGGAGAUCGGGAGUCCGUUUGCGGUGGUGGUGACCAAGGUGGACAAAGGCGGAUCCGGAGUUCUGCUCUCCAACCUGCUGCACCUACAAGAGUUCCUGAAAGCGAGGACGAGCCGCUGCUUCCCCCAGCCCUUCCUGACCAGCGCUCUGGAUUAUUCUGGGAUCCACCUGCUCAGGUGCUUCCUGGCUCAUGUGACGGGCAGCGUCCAGCUGAGGGACACGUCUCCAUGCUGACAUCAGGGGAGGGGCUCUACUCCAAGGAGGCGGAGCUUCAGAGCUGCUCCGAGAAACUGAAGAAGUCUUCUGCUGAUGGCCACGCCCCCUCCCAUACACAGGAGGUCAAGAAGUCAUGCAGGCAGAAACUAUGUCGUUAUUCUUCAUCCGAUCACAGCAGCAGAACUCUGAAGGAGGAGACGGCCGCAGACCAUCCGUUAGAUCUGAUAGAUCCAAUAGAUCUGAUAGAUCUAAUUGAUCCUUUCUGCAUGUAGACGUGUGAGCAUGGGCGUGCAUGUGAGUGAGUGUUUGUGUGUGUCUGUGCGUGCUCGUAAGUGAUCAAAAUACAACAUUGAAUUAAAUCUGUUCAGACUAAAGUGA